UUUCUUCAACCCUUCCCUCUCGGUUUUUGUGUUCCAAAGUUUUCCUUGGAAGGACAUGAAUCAAAACUCGUUUUUAUGUGGUCUUUGAGGGCCAUCUAGAACAAUUUACCGGGGCACCCAUUUUAUCAAUCUCUCCCUCUCUAGAAUUCUCUAUCCUAGCAGAAAGAAGUGGAGAGAAGUAGCUAAGCAAUGGCAGUUUGCACAGUGUACACCACCCGGUCUCUCAGUUCAACAUGUUCAAUCUCAACACCAUCGAAAACUCGCCUAAGUUCUUACCAAAACCAGCUAGUCUUGUACAGCAGCGGCAAGAGAAGCAGCAAGAGAGGCAGCAGCAGCAGCCCAUGGGUGAUAAGCUGCUCAGCUGGUGACUCACAAACGGUUGUGAUUGGUCUGGCUGCAGACUCAGGCUGUGGGAAGAGUACCUUCAUGAGGAGGCUGACAAGUGUGUUUGGUGGUGCAGCAGAGCCACCAAAGGGAGGCAACCCUGACUCUAACACACUCAUCAGCGACAUGACGACUGUAAUAUGCUUAGAUGAUUAUCAUUCACUUGACAGAACUGGAAGGAAAGAGAAGGGAGUGACAGCCCUUGACCCGAGAGCCAACGACUUUGACCUCAUGUAUGAUCAAGUUAAGGCUCUCAAGAGUGGAGUUGCCGCCGAAAAGCCUAUCUAUAACCAUGUUACCGGUCUCUUAGAUCCUCCUGAGCUAAUUAAGCCUCCAAAGAUCCUUGUCAUCGAAGGCCUGCACCCCAUGUUUGAUGAGCGUGUGAGGGAUCUGUUGGACUUCAGUAUCUAUUUGGACAUCAGCAAUGAGGUCAAAUUUGCUUGGAAAAUUCAGAGGGACAUGGCUGAGAGAGGACACAGCCUUGAGAGCAUUAAAGCCAGUAUCGAAGCCAGGAAACCCGAUUUUGAUGCCUAUAUCGAUCCUCAGAAGCAAUAUGCCGAUGCGGUGAUCGAAGUGCUGCCGACUCAGCUGAUUCCGGAUGACAACGAGGGGAAGGUUUUGAGAGUUAGGUUGAUAAUGAAAGAAGGGGUAGAGCAUUUCAGUCCAGUUUACUUGUUUGAUGAAGGCUCAACCAUUUCAUGGAUACCCUGCGGAAGAAAGCUCACCUGCUCUUACCCUGGCAUCAAAUUCUCUUAUGGACCCGAUUCUUACUUCGGCAACGAGGUAUCUAUUCUGGAGAUGGACGGGCAAUUCGACAGAUUAGAUGAACUGAUAUACGUAGAAAGUCAUUUGAGCAACCUGUCUACCAAGUUCUAUGGAGAAGUCACACAGCAAAUGUUGAAGCAUGCUGAUUUUCCUGGAAGUAACAACGGAACCGGCCUCUUCCAAACCAUUGUGGGGUUGAAGAUAAGAGACCUGUACGAGCAAAUUACCUCUACCAAAACUGCAGCUCCACUAGAAGCAACAAAAGCCUGAAUGUCCUUUGGCUUUGGCUUCACUCUUUUCAGCUUUCCCCAAUUUCCACUUCCUAUUUAAAGUUUCAUUUUGAGUGUUAGGCUUUUGCUCUCCAAAGAACGAGUACGCCCUAUGCAUGUAUUUAUUUUCUUCUGUUGUAAUUUAGAAAAAUGAAUGCGAAAUCAAAUUAAAGUUAAGAAGUUCACAC